AAAAACUUGGAAAAGGGGGCAAUCACUAAGAAUAGAAAGCGGGAAAAUAUCGACGGAUAUAUAGAAGUGCCGAUUCAGUAAAAGGGUUCGUUUACACUUCCUCAACUUCUCCAAUCUUCAACAAUGGAGUCUACUCUCAAAAAAUAUUUUGGGUUUUCGUCAUUUCGGCCAUAUCAAGAGGAAGUCAUUGAGAAGAUUCUGGAAGGAAGAGAUUGCUUGGUUGUCAUGGCUACUGGUAGUGGCAAGUCUCUUUGCUAUCAAGUUCCCCCCUUGAUAUCUGGGAGAACAGGCGUUGUGGUCAGCCCUCUUAUAUCUUUGAUGCAAGAUCAGGUAAUGGCUUUAAAACAACGGGGGAUUAUUGCGGAUUACCUAGCCUCCUCUCAAACGGAUAAAACUGUGCAGACUAAAGCUGAGUCUGGCUUCUACAGUUUGUUGUUCAUGACCCCAGAGAAAGCAUGUGCGCUUUCUAACAGCUUUUGGAAAAAAAUGCUCAAGGCCGGAAUAUGUCUUUUUGCUGUUGAUGAAGCACAUUGCAUAUCAGAAUGGGGUCAUGAUUUCAGAUUGGAGUACAAGAAAUUGGACAAUUUGCGUCCCAUUCUCUUAAAUAUACCAUUUGUGAGUUUGACAGCAACUGCCACAGAAAAGGUUCGAUCAGACAUAUGUAAUUCGUUGAAGAUGAAAGAUCCUUUUGUUGCUGUUGGCUCCUUUGAUCGUAGAAAUCUAUUUUAUGGAGUGAAAUCUAGUAAUCGCUAUUCCUCCUUGAAUGAACUUGUAGAAGAAGUUUCAAAGUCUAUGGCCAGUACUGGAUCAACCAUCAUUUAUUGCGUUACAAUUAAAGAUGUUGAGAAGAUACAUCAGCUGUUGGAAAGUGCAGGAAUAAAGGCUGGAAUGUAUCAUGGUCAAAUGGCUAGUGGAACUCGAGAAGAGGCACAUAGAUUAUUUAUCAGGGAUGAACUGAAUGUCAUGGUUGCCACUAUUGCAUUUGGGAUGGGAAUUGAUAAACCAAACAUAAGACAAGUGAUACAUUAUGGUUGCCCAAAAAGUUUAGAGACAUAUUACCAGGAGAGUGGACGAUGUGGGAGAGAUGGAAUAGCUUCUAUCUGUUGGCUCUAUUACAUGAGUAGUGACUUUGCAAAAUCGGACUUUUAUUGCAGUGGAGUACAAACAGAAAAUCAACGAAAUGCUGUUCUUGAAUCAAUGAUGGCCGCGAAAAAAUAUUGCUUGCUGACAACUUGUAGGAGGAAGUUCUUACUGGAACAUUUUGGUGAAAAGGUUCCAGUAGAAAAUUGUGGAAAUUGUGACAAUUGCACUUCUACACGGAGGGAGCGAGACAUGUCUAAAGAAGCAUAUCUACUCAUGGCUUGUAUUCAUUCGUGCAAGGGUAAAUGGGGUCUCAAUCUUCCUAUAGAUGUUCUUCGUGGUUCUCGGUCAAAAAAAAUAGUUGAUGCUCAGUUCGAUAAGCUUCCAUUGCAUGGUCUUGGGAAGGCAUAUUCUUCAAAUUGGUGGAAGUCGUUAGGCUCCCAAUUGAUUUCUCAUGGUUAUCUGAAGGAGAUAAUUAGUGACGUUUACAGAUUUGUAAGUGUCAGCACCAAAGGAGAAAAGUAUCUUAAUUCUGCUGGACCUGAUUGUCAACCACCUUUGUACUUGCCUAUUCCUGAUGACAUGGAUGAGGAAGAGGGAGGUGAAUCGGGUCAAGUUGAAGGCUUGAAACCUUUGUCUUCUGAAUGUGAAGGCUUAUCAGAGGUUGAGGUUCAAAUUUAUCGCUCACUUUUAGAAGAGAGGACAAAGCUUGCAAGAGGCGCUGGAACUGCUCCAUAUGCUAUAUGCAAUGAUGUUACAUUAAAAAAAAUCGCAAUGGUACGACCAUCUACAAAGGCAAGAUUAGCAAACAUCGAUGGUGUCAACCAGCAUCUUGUCACGACAUAUGGAGAUCAUUUUAUUCAAGCUGUGCAGCGCCUUUCACAAGAUCUUAAUUUGUCUUUGGAUGGGGAAAUGAGCACACAGAGUAUUUCAGUGAAAAAGGCGAAUCCAGUUCAUACGCUUCCAAAAAAGCUUACACCUGCAAAGUUCGAAGCUUGGAGAAUGUGGUUUGAAGAUGGACACUCCAUUGAGAAAAUUGCUAACUUUCCUGGGAGAUCUGCCCCAAUCAAAGAAGGAACUGUCUACAGCUAUCUUCUCGAGGCUUUCCAGGAAGGCUUAGCCGCUAACUGGCCCAGAUUUUGUGCUGAGGUUGAGUUAACAUCUGAGAUGUUCGCAUGUAUACUCGAUGCAGUUAAAAAAGUUGGUUCAACCCAAAAGUUGAAGCCUAUUAAGGACGAGUUGCCAGAAAAUAUAAGCUAUUCACAUUUAAAGACUGGUCUUGCAAUGAUAAGUUGUGGUAUAACUUGUCCGUCUGAAAUCAAUACUGCGGAGAGAAUAAAUGAAGAUCCUGGUGCAUUUGUUUCAUCACCUAACUCUUUGGCUUCAAGACAUGCCGAAGAAUCUUGUGAUGUCGAUUGUAAAUUGUCGAAGAAUGACAACAAUGAAGAAAGUGAUUGUUACAUGGUUAGCUCGAAACGUUGCAAGUUUGAUGAUGGAAAUGACAGUUACGGUAAAAUCGAAGCCACGCAGAGUUCCAUUGUAAAAUUCCUUGCAAGCUAUGAUAAUGGGAUUGCCUUGCGUGAUAUUGUAGAGCAUUUUAAAGGAUCAAGUGAGGAAUCUAUACGAACAUUGUUGGUUGAACUUGAAGGCGACUUUGCUAUAUACCAAAAGAAUGGUCUGUAUAAGAUGUUUUAACAGGGUUGUACUACUGCCUCUGGAUGACCAAAAAGUUUUGAAAUCUUUGAAUGUUGAUCUGAAUCAUUUCCGAUUUAGUUUGUAUGUAAGUAAGUCUUGUUUAUCAUGUUCUUUUGCUUGUUUAUGUUUUGUAAAACGGUGUAGAAUGUUUUUAUCCUCAUUAUAUAACUCUAAACGGUGUAGAAUGUCUUUAUCCUCAUUAUAUAACUCUUAUGAAAGCAAUCCCCAUUGCAAGGGUUACGCUCAUGAUUUGUUCAAU